AUGUCUCCGUCUGAUUGGUUUGGACGAUUCUUGUCUCUCAUGAGCAGCUGGGUGUCUCUCCCUGAUAGGAUUAGGUCUUCUUGGAGCUUACCCACGUCCUCUCUCCUCCUUAGCAGUUGGUGUCGUUGUCCAAUUGGUUUAGGCUUGCUUCGUCUUCAUUCAGUAGCUGGAUGUUACUGCAUGAUUGGCCUGUACGAUUUUGGCUCCAUUGUAGUAGCUGCAUGUCUUCUCCAUAUUGGUUAUGAUCAUCCUUAUCUUCUCCAAGUAGCUGGUGUCACCACUUGA